CGAGGCGUAAUUUAGCAAGCCUGAUGGUUUUUCUUCUCGUCACUUUGCUCUCCCCUUUCCCUAUCGCGGCCUCUGAAAUUGGAACAGGAGUGGACGGAGUUGUAACGGGUGGGGGGGAAGCCUGGCAGCACGCGCUCGGCGUCCUCCGCGUUGAAAUGCAGGCCUUAUGGUCCUUGACCUGGAAGCAAUACUGGGGAAGAGGAAAGAGGGAGGGAAAGUAUGGGAUGCGCUCGGACAAGGAAAAGGUGCAAGGUGCAUUGACUUACACGACCUUACUCUCCGAGCUCGCCAUGGAGGAGGAGGAGGAGGAGGAGGAGGGAUGGGAUCAGGAUUGGGAAGGGGAGGUAGAGGAC